AUGCCACAACCAAAACUUAAGAAGAACUCUGGCCUCGGUAGAACAAUUAUUAAAGAUAGAUUUAAAGGUCAUAAACCUAAAGAUGGCGAUACUGCAUUGCAUACAACUGACUUAAACGAUGGGCCUAGCUGGACAAACUUACAAUCAAUAACACAUCAAAAAGAUUUGGAUGAAUUUCUUAGUACGGCACAAUUAGCAGGAACACAAUUUACAGCUGAAAGGUUGAAUAUUAAGGUAGUGACAAAUCAUUAUGAGAAUCCGUUUCUUUUGAGCUCUGAAAAAGAAAAAGAAACAUUGGCAAGACAUGAAGCUAAUAAAGAACGAUUGGUUAUACCUAGAAGACCCAAAUGGGAUAAAUCAACAACCCCUGAACAAUUAGAACAUGAAGAAAAAGAAUCAUUCCUAAGAUGGAGACAACAAGAUGAAUUCUUGUUGACACCGUUUGAACGAAAUAUAGAAGUUUGGAGACAAUUAUGGCGA